UGACUACAGUGUAUGAGCUCGCCACCCUUAAGCACAGACCCAGGGUCCGUUUUGUACGGUGACCUAGCGUAUAGGUUGAGCUAGGAAAAGCUGAUCCCAGUAUCAUAAGUCAAUUUAUAUGACUAAUGUACUUAUUUUUCUUACAUCAUCAUAAUUUAUGAGAAUGUCCUAAAAUUGAGUUUUGUGGCAUUUAAUGCCACACAAUGAAUGUAGCCUAGAUGUAUAUUUUGGCAGGAAUUUUAUAAGAACGUUUUGUUACGUUUAGGACGUGCCUGAGAAAAUGCCUGUGUUGAUACUGAUGAGAAGAUGAAGAGUUUGUUUGAAGCCUAUUUUAAGAUAUGGCAUCUCUGCACUGCUGAGGGAGUAGAUCCAUACAGGGCCUGCUGGUUGGAUCAUUUCGUCUUCUGAGACACACACAGUGAGACACAAGAAAGAGUCUGACAACUAAACUGAAACCUAUACAUUUUUCUCACAGUACAUGUAGUAACAACACAAUGGCCUGUACAUUACCACUGGCAUUCCUUGUCCUUCAUGGAUUUCUCUCUCUUUCAGCAGAUUCAUGCAAUUAUUAUUUCCAACAUGGAUCUUUCUUCUCCAUCCCUCUGAAAUACACUGACUUGAGUUCGAAAGAAAUAACCUGGAAACACAAUGGCAACGUUAUAUUUAGAAGAAAGAAUGGAAGGUUCAAACCAGGCAAGACUGAGGACAUCUUAGAGGAUGGGUCUCUCCAACUGAAAGGCCUGGUGUCGGCAAACGAAGGUACUUAUAAAGCAGAAGUGUUCAACAGCGAAGGGAAAAGCAUCAAAGAUCAGUCCUUCAGACUGUGUAUGAAGGAAAAAGUCUCCAAGCCCUCAGUGAAAUUCACCUGCUCUGAUAAGGACGUCACCUUUACCUGUUUCUUGACCAACACUGAGGGAGUGACUUUCAAGUGGAGAAAGAACGGAGAGCCUUUAAAUGAGGGGGAAAAAACAACCUUGAUCAUCGGUCUGAAACAACUGAAAGAGCCGGACACAUUCACCUGCUCUGCAGUCAAUGAGGUCAGCACGGAGACAAGUGACAUCAUCAAACCAACAUGCAAGGAUGUCUCAAAAUCGGGUGAUCUGCGUUCACUGUUUGGUUUGGAUUUCUGGACCAUGGUGGGCAUCCUAGCCGGGGGAGGGGGCUUGGUACUCCUCAUCAUCAUCACCUUGGUGUGCUGUUGCCUCAGCCGACGCAAGAGCCAGAUGCGCUUUGAAGAGGAAAGAGAGUUGAGACUAGCCCCCCUGACCAAGACCCAGCAUCCUUACCACUCAGAGGUCCAGACAAAGCAUCCUUCUCACCCAGAAGGCCAGAAGCAAAGGCAGAGACCCCCCGGUGGGGCCCCACCUGGUUCCACGGGCCCCAGGCCCACGGCCAGAGCCUCCAGCCAGGCUGCGCCCCAACCCAGAACCCAGGCUCGAGGGAAGCCUCCACAGACACCAAUGGAUGAUGAUGAGGAGCAGCCCCCACCACUACCCCAGCCUAGGAAGAAAGGCUCUCACCCCGCCAGGCAAUGAGUCUGGAAACAGGUUUCGCCUAUAUACUCUCUGAUCCAAGGAAAGGAGUUCCAGCAGUCUACAUGUUGUAGAUGUUGAAAAUGUUGUUAUCUAAAGAAUAGAAUAGAAAAGGAAGGGAAAAAUACCCACACAGUGUUCUUUUCUUCCAAUGCCUUUUCAAAAUUCUGUUUCAUUGUUUUUAUGUUGAGUUGUAGCCUACCUAUCUAUCCACCUCCUCUUGAAGUAGUGACCUUAACUUGAUGUCUGUGUGGUUGUCAAUAAAAACUAAAUAACUACAGGCACAUAGUCAUUGAUGGGCAACAUUAUUUGAAAAUACUCAAAUACACAGGAAAUAAGUAUUUAAAAUACAAAUAAUUAAAACGCAUAUGUAUUCGAACCUAGGUCUGAUAGCUAACAAUUGCAUAAUAAUAGUUCUGAAAAUGUUUCCAUUCACAUUAUUGUGCAUUUGAGUCAUUCUCUGUAUUCACAUCUCUGAGUAAAGCUCUCAUGUAAUCAAUUGUUUUCCUGUUACAUCGCUGAGGCCUCUUGGUGGUGGUUUUGGCACGGCACCAACGAAUAGCAUUCAGGGAGCAAAGAUGCUGAAAGCAACACUUAUCUGAAGCCCUCGCUUCCACACAUCUUACCUCCUUUUCCUGUGUGUGUGGGAGGGAUAUGAUGCUGUGUGUGUGUGUGCGCGCAUUUGUGUUUGCUGAACUGCACAUGACUUAACACAGGUUUUUGCACCCAUUUUUUUUUACAAGCAUUUCGCUACUCUCGCAUUAACAUCUGCAAGCAUGUGUAUGUGACCAAUAAAAUGUUACUUGAAAAAACCUCUCCAUCACACGCCUGUUCACUAUAUAAACCCUAGAUGGCGCUUUGCUUCCAUGUUCAUUUAAUCUGCUCGCAUGACUAUUCAACAGUAAUAGUGGAAGUGGGUGGGCCAGGGACAUACUUGUGGGCCAUUAACGUUUUCCUUUGAAUUACAUUUAAACGAGUUAGUUGACAGAAAUCUGAAUAUGUUCCUGAAAGACUUUGGCUGGGUCACUGACAGCGAGUAAACGUUUGGGAACCAGUUUGAUGACAGACCGGCAGGAGUCACAAUAAAGUUAACCGAACGUAGCAGGCGUAAGAGAAACGCCUGAACGGAGUUCCCACAUCCAGAUUUUCAGCGGAAAAGGAAGCUAGGUUGAAAAUAGCUGUAUCCCUGAUACACACUGAGGCUACAGUAAACUCAGGUUUAUCACUCAGAGCCAUGUUCGACAGUCU